AUGGAAGAAAAUUCUUCGCCAAUGGCGUAUUUAACAGAUUAUUAUAAUAAUAUUUGUACAAGCUGUGUUCAAAUUCAAACUUUAAUUGAAAAUGGUUACCUAGAACAAGCUGAUGUUGAGAUCAAAAAUUGUACGAAGAAGAUUAAUGAUUUGAUAAGCAAGCAAGUAUUUCUCCCAGGAAUUCAUGUCUCAAUUUUUAACAAAGUUCUGCAAGAACUCAAACAAAACACAAUACAAUUAAAGGAUUUAAUUAAAAAGAAAUCCGCCGCCUCAAACGCCCAAAAUUCCACGCAGAUUCCUUCAACGUCUCCUUCUGUUGAUAAUAAAAACCAAGUUAAUCUGAAAAAUUGUGAGAUUAACACAUUGGGACAAGGAUUUCAAAAUAUCGCGGGUUUACAAGAAAUUAAAUCGGCUUUAACCAGUAAUGUUAUAUUACCGUUUAAGCAACCACAACUUUUUAAAGGAUUGAAGUUAAAUUGUAUAUUACUUUUCGGUCCACCUGGUACUGGAAAAACUAAAUUGGUCUUAGCAACCGCUGCGGAAGCUGGUGCUAAAUUAAUAUCAAUUUCCAGCAGUGAUAUUCUGUCACCUUAUGUUGGAGAAUCAGAAAAAGUGAAAACAGAAUUUUUAUGUCAACUUUCCACCUUCACCGAAAUACCACAUGUCUACUUAAUAUGCGCAACAAAUUGUCCUUGGCAAUUAGACGUUGCGUUUAAAAGACGUUUUCAACGACACUUAUUUGUUCCAUUACCAAAUCCCUGCGAACGAUACGAAAUUUUUAAAUUAUUUACGCGUAGCACGCCGUUGGAAAAAUUUGAACAUUUAUUGGAAACUAUAGUGCACCAAACCGAAGGAUAUUCCGGUUCGGACAUUGAAAGAUUUAUUGGUCACGCACUGGUUAAGUCGAUUGAACGAUUGCAACAUAUACACGUUUGGAUUAAAUUAAAAGACGAAAUGUAUGUUCCAUACACGCCUAAUAAUAAUUAUGAUGGGGUUUGGGAAGAUAUAAAGACGUGUAAAAUCGAUGAGUUGCCACCAAACAGUAUUCAAUUACCUGAAACAACAGAAGCUGAUGUGUUAGAGGCUUUAAAGGAAAGUCGCGCCAGCAAAUAA